AUGGGUCGUCUUCACUCCAACGGAAAGGGAAUAUCUUCCUCUGCUCUCCCAUACUCCCGUGCUCCUCCUUCGUGGCUCAAGACCACCCCAGAGCAAGUUGUUGACCAAAUCUGCAAGCUUGCCAAGAAGGGUGCUGCUCCUUCCCAAAUCGGUGUUGUCUUGAGAGAUUCUCACGGUAUUGCUCAAGUUAAGGUUGUUACUGGUAACAAGAUUCUUAGAAUCCUCAAGUCCAACGGCCUUGCCCCAGAGAUCCCAGAGGACCUUUACAUGUUAAUCAAGAAGGCCGUUGCUGUCCGCAAGCAUCUCGAGCGUAACCGCAAGGACAAGGACUCCAAGUUCCGUUUGAUUCUCAUCGAAUCCCGUAUCCACCGUCUCUCCCGUUACUACAAGACCGUCGGUGUUCUCCCACCAACCUGGAGAUACGAGAGUGCCACUGCCAGCACCAUGGUCGCAUAA